UCGUCACACCAGCGUCGUUCUCUCGGAUGACAGUCGAAGUCAUCGCGACCUCCCUCCCAUAGCACUGUCUCCUUCUAUAGCACUGUCAAUCGCACAUUCCAACCCACCGAUCGCAUACAUCCACCAACCACCACCAUGAUCGGAAGUCUCUUCUUCAUCUUCAACCGCCUGGUGGAGAUUACCUUUCUCAUUCCCAUCAUCGGAAUGAUGGCCUACUUCAUCGACGGAUACCUCAAAGCCAACCAAAUCACCCCGUCCUACAUCCUCGUUCUCUUCAUCGUCAGCGUCAUCGCCGUCUUCUGGGCCAUCGACACCCUAAUCCGCCACUCAACCACCAAACGCUCCGCCGCCUUCGUCGCCUUCGUCGACCUGCUCUUCUUCGGAGCGUUCAUCGCCUCCGUCUACCAGCUUCGCUUUAUCGCAUCCGCAAACUGUGCCCACUGGCGCGCAGGCACAGUCACUAUCUCGCUCGGCCCGUUCGGGGUAUACGGCGAACGCACGGGAAACCCGCUUGCGGUGGAUAUUAACAAGACGUGCGCGAUGCUGAAGACGUGUUUCGCGCUGGGCAUUAUGGAGACGGUGUUUUUCUUUUGGACGGCUAUUUUGGCGAUGUUUUUGUAUCGCGGGCAGGAGAAGGAUGUUCCUGUGAGAAGGAGGAGCCAUAGUUCUCGCAGGGGACACUCGUCGCAUCGGAGGCAUAGUAGUGGGUCGCAUAGUCGGCCGCAUUAUGUUGUUUGAUUGCGGCGUGGCUUUAUGGAUGAUGUGAUAUGAUGUAUUGAUAUGAUGGACGUCUGGGGAUGCUUGUUGACCUGGUUGGCUAUGACUUAUGCUUAUGGAUUAUGGACUUAUGGAUUAUGAUGUUGGACUGAUCUGAUUCCUUUUUUUCUUUUUUUCUUUCAGCUAGGGAUUGAUGAGCAUGAUAUCCGUUGUUAAUAAUUCAUGAAUGUACAUGCUUGUUUGGAGAA